CCUCCUGGUAGUUGGUGCAUUUGGGAUCUAGGGGUGGGUUAAAAAAUGAAAAAAACCCGAACCGAAGUCGAAAAAUCCUAACCAAACAAAAAACCGAACCGGAUGAAAUAGUAAUUUUGGUUCUGUUUUCGGCAAAAAACCGAACCGAACCCACUGGGAUCAGCCUUUCGGCCCUUUUCUCAGUCUCUUGUGUCUUAUUUUAAUAAUUAAAUCAGCGUUGCACGAGCAAGUUUAGACAUUUGUCUCAGAUGUGUUAUUUUAAUUUUUGCUUACCGAGUACGAUUACUUUUUAAUUAGUGUUGUUAUCAUACUUGGGAUUAAGAAAUAUAUCCACGGUACGGCUGAAGUUAAAAACUUUUACAUUUGUGUCUAGAUUCGUUGAUGCCUUGUUUCCUGUAAACUGGAGCAUGUAAGGAAUAACCAAAGUGUUUUCAACCAUCUUCUUGUUAAUUUUAGCAGUCGUUCUGGUUUGGGGAACAUAUCUUUCCUGCAUCGCCGGUUUUGAGAUUGGCACAAAAGAAAUUUCUAAUGUUCCUCCAUUUCACAAGAUCCAACCAUGAGAUACCAUUCAAGCCAUACCUAUAAGUAGAUCAUUUUUUUCCGAAAUAUCUUUUGUUACAUCUUCUAUCAUACCUUUUUUCUUAUAGUUAUUUUAGAUAAACCACAAUAGCCGAUGGCUUCACCUACUCUUGACUCACCCUGGCCGUCCUCAACUAGCGAAACCUUUUCUGGAUCUUUCAAUAUAAGUAUAGAGGAAGAGAACCCAGACGACAUUUUACCUGUUCUGGAAGACCCAACCUCUUCUAUGUCCUGUAGCCAUAAUAUCCCAAAACCACCUCCUGUCCCUAGUAAAGCAUAUACACAAAAUAAACACUUCAAAAGGCUUUCACAGCGUUGCUAUGUCCCAGAUGAAACACUGGAUACAUGGGACAAGCUUUUUAAAGAAGCAUAUGGUGCUGAUGUCUAUAUUUGCACAGAGGACGGAUCGUGUAUUCCAGUCCAUUCUAGUGUUCUGACUGUUGCGUCACCGGUGCUCGGUAAAUUUCUGCAGCAAUCCAAAGCUAAACAUGGUAUGAGAUACAUUAAGAUUCCUGGGGUACCGUAUGAAGCAGUCUACACAUUCAUUCGUUUUCUUUACUCAUCCUGCUAUGAAAAGGAAGAGAUGAAGAAAUUUGUUCUCCAUCUGUUGGUUUUGUCACACUCCUACUCAGUUCCAUCAUUGAAAAGAGUUUGCAUAUGUAUUCUUGAGCAGGGAUGGAUUACGAAAGAAAAUGUUGUCGAUGUGCUUCAAUUGGCGAGGAACUGUGAUGCACCGCGGCUAUCCUUAAUUUGUGUACGCAUGAUUGUGAAGGACUUUAAAGCCAUAUCAUCAACCGAAGGCUGGAAAGUGAUGAAGCGAGUUUAUCCUGCACUUGAACAAGAGCUGCUAGAGUUCGUUGUUGAAGCAGAUUCUAGGAAAGAAGAGAGGUUGAAGAAAAAGGAAGAGAAAAAAGUGUACUUGCAACUGUACGAGGCAAUGGAAGCCCUCCUUCACAUAUGCAGGGAUGGAUGUAGGACUAUAGGUCCCCGUGACAAGGUGUUUAAAGGAAGCCAAGUGGCCUGUGGCUUUCCUGCUUGCAAGGGGCUUGAGACCUUAGUUCGUCAUUUCUCCAGCUGUAAAACCCGGGUUCCUGGUGGAUGUGGUCACUGCAAACGCAUGUGGCAGCUUCUUGAACUGCAUUCUCGUAUUUGCAACGACCCUGAAUCAUGCAAGGUCCCUUUGUGUAGGCAUUUGAAGGAAAAAAUGCAGCAGCAGACCAAGAAAGACGAGGCUAAAUGGACGCUGUUGGUGAGUAAAGUGGUAGCAGCAAAGGAUACCCUGGGACCUAUCUCAGGUCGGCGCUCACGUUUUUCAUGACCUCUUGUGUUUCAAAAGCAAAAUGUAUCAAACAUGACCCCCAUCCUCAUUCACUAAAGCAAUGUAUCAAGAAUGUAAACCAAGAGAAAUGUACCAAGAAUCUUCUCCCUUUUGGGGUCGAAUAAAUGUAAUAAACAUCCGACGCUGUUAGUCAAUAGCUCUCACUGCAGUUCUUGUAAGCCAAGAUAUUUCAAUUGGAUGAUGACCAUGUCAUUUU